AUCAACUUCAGUUAUUCUGCAAACAUCAAAAAGUAACAGAUCCAGAUUAACAAUGGCUGAAGCUCCACUGGAUGUUGAUGGGCGCAUCAAUCUUGAUUCCCCCCGCUAUGACCAAUCAACAUUUGUCGGGAGAGCAAGGCAUUUCUUCAUUACAACAAAUCCUUUGAAUCUGUUCGCAUCUGGAUCAGACCUUGACAAUGCUAAAGCAGUAGUUGAAAGUUAUAAGAAACGUGCUGAGCCUCCAGGUUUAACAGCAGAUGAAGUAUGGCGUGCCAAAAGUCUUUACGACUCUGCGUUUCAUCCAGACACUGGGGAGAAAAUGAUGUUGAUAGGGCGCAUGUCUGCUCAGGUGCCUAUGAACAUGAGCAUUACAGGGUGCAUGAUGACAUGGUACAGGACAACUCCAGCAGUAUUGUUUUGGCAGUGGAUUAACCAGACAUUCAAUGCAGUGGUCAACUAUACAAACAGGAGUGGAGACUCACCUAUACCACUCAAGACACUGGGAAUCUCCUACACUCUUGCCACAUCAGGGGCGGUUAUCACUGCACUUGGAGUUAAUAAACUAGUAACUAAAGCCCCACCUAUAGUUGGUCGCUUUGUCCCAUUCACUGCUGUUGCUGCUGCUAACUGUAUCAAUAUACCUUGUAUGAGGAAUAGUGAAAUGGUGAAUGGUAUCCCAGUAUAUAAUGCAGAGGGAGAGAGGGUGGGAGAAUCAACGGCAGCAGCUAAGAAAGCUAUAGGUCUAGUGGUGUUCUCUAGGAUAUGUAUGGCCACACCUGGCAUGUUAAUUCCUCCCUUUAUAAUGCAGUAUUUGGAAAAUAAAACAACGAUUUUAAAAAGAUUCCCCUGGGCUAAUGCUCCUAUACAAGUUGGUCUAGUGGGUUUCAUGCUGGUUUUUGCCACACCACUUUGUUGUGCUCUCUUCCCACAGAAAAGCUCAAUGGCUCUCAACUCAUUAGAAGCAGACCUGCAGGAAAAACUGAAGGCAUUACCCAACACCCCUGAUGUUGUAUACUUCAACAAAGGAUUAUAACAAACAUCAGAGAUAGCAGAAUUUACUAAAAAAUUUACGAAAAAAUAAAACAGGCUAAUUAACUUAUUAUGCAAAAUAGCAUUUUAGAAUUGCCUCUGAACUGUACAAGUAUCUUGAAUGUUGUAGCAGAGAUAUACGCUACAUUCACAGUGCAUUUCUGAAAUUGAAUUGGAUUUUCUAUUAUUAAAUGAAUGUAAAUGAAAUGAAUGUAAUGAAAGUUUACGUGUCAAAUUGAAUGGACUAAUUUGAGUAUUACAAGUUUGAUCGAUAAUGAUGUUUCAGUUGGUCGACUGGAAGGUGAGCACUUUUGACUAAAAAGCAAGUACUUGAAAAUCUAUUUGAGGUUGAUGAAAUUUGAACUGAGGCAGCUUUGCUUACAAAAACUGCAUCAUUUCAGGUUGAUAGAU